AUGGAAGAAUUGUUAAGAUCGGAUCGAGAACAUGAACGUGUUCAAUUUAUGUAUGAUAAACAUAAAACAAGUCUUGAUUUAACUAAGCAAGUUGAUAAAGAACUUAUUAAUGAAGAUAAAGAAGAAGAUGAUAAUGAUAAUGAACCAUAUACUACUGAUGAAGAUUCGUCUAGUAAUCUACAGCAAUUUUUUAAUGAGUCAUAUGAAUCAAAUAUGUUUAUUCAAAAUGUAUUUAUUGAAUCACAUGAUCUUCAUUUCCGAAUCUUGCUCUAUUUACUCGCAUACAUGUGA